AUUAUUUUAACAUUUCAAAUAAAAUUUCGAGAGCAGUUUAGAAGUGCUGCAGUACUCCCUAUUAACAGAUCAACGAAUAGAAGAGAGUCAAAUUUACACUCGCUGCUACUGCUCCCACCAAUACUGAGCUUUUUUCUAUGGCGCCGCCGAUCAACGUCGGCGAGUGCUAAGCAGUCGAAUUAAAGUGUUCUUGCGAGUAGGUGCGUCGAAACCUAAGACAGAAACCGCUUUUUAAAGUGCUGCUGUCAGACACCGUGUUUGGUAGGUGUCUGGGUUCCGGAGUAGUCAAUUACCAUAAAUAAAUAAAAAAGAGAAGGACAAUGGCCACCAACUUGCAAAAGGCGACCAUUGAGGAAAUUCGCCACGCGGCCGCGCGUAUUUGCCGAGACUAUCUAACUGGGCCCUGGAAAGUGGUAACUCCAGAGAAUUUGGUGGUGAAGCGCAUAAGUGGCGGUCUGUCAAAUUUCUUGUAUUACGUAAGCCUUCCCGAUUUGAAUGACUACGAUGUGCUGGAAGAACAAAAACAGCAGCAGGUAAAUGUCAACGUCAACGAAGAUGUCAUAGCGGCCACCUCAACUCUGACCAAUAGUAGCGCGGGUUUCACACACGACGAUGAGUCCGCUUCCAAGGCGGUGGGCGUAACAUUGGCGGCGACGGAAUUAGUAAAUAACGAGGACGACGCAGCGUCAAGCGCCAAACAAGCACACAAACGUCAGCGGUGCGAUAGUGAUAGUCGAGAUUCCAGUUCUUCGAAACGAUUGCACGCCCCCAAGCAGGAACCCCGUGAGGUCCUACUGCGAAUUUAUGGUCAGACCCAUGGUGAUCACGCGCUGGAGAGCAUGAUUACCGAGUCCGUGGUUUUCGCCCUACUCAGUGAACGAAACUUCGGACCCAAACUGCACGGAAUCUUUCCGGGCGGACGAAUUGAACAAUAUAUUCCGGCACGCGCUUUGACCACAGCAGAAUUAGGAGAGCAACGAAUAUUGAUGAGAGUGGCUGAAAAAAUGGGUGAGAUCCACAGUCUCAAUAUACCCAUGUCUAAGGAGCCCGAUUGGAUAUGGAAUUGUAUGCAGCGUUGGGUUUCCGGUUUAGAGAGCAUUGUUAACGGCAGUGUCCAAACGAAUACUAAAUCUUCGGUACUGAAGAAGCAAAUGGAAUUGAUGAGGACUUUUGACUACGUUCAUGAGAUCGCCUGGAUUAGGGCGAUUAUCGACGAAGGAGAAUAUCCAGUUGUGUUCUGUCACAAUGAUUUGCAAGAAGGCAACAUUCUAAUGCGACAACCGACAGCUGGACAAAACGAACGGACCCCCCGAGAGUCUAUCAGCAGCCUGAGAUCCAACUUCGAUGAAACUUUGGGUGAUAGCCUUGAUGGAAAUAGCAAUAUAUCGGACACGGAGACUAACAAAUCACAUAGCGUGUCGCCUUUACCAUGCACCGAGUUGGACACUACGAAUGACUCAGCCCUGGAUGCCAGCUUCACAGCCGAUAAUGAGCCGGAUCUUAUUAUUAUUGACUUUGAGUAUUGUGCCUACAACUACCGGGGCUAUGAUCUUGCCAAUCAUUUUAUUGAGUGGACUUUCGAUUACACCAAUCCACAGUUCCCUUACUUCUACCACAAUUCAAACAACUGCGCAACUGUGCAGCAGCGGCGCGACUUCAUUGUAAACUAUUUAAAGAAGUAUCACGAUGACGAGAACUAUAAUAUCACUGGCCAGGAGCUGAUAAAGGUAGACGCUGAGAUUCAGUUCUUUACAAUGCUGUCUCAUCUGUUCUGGAGCCUUUGGUCCGUUAUUAAUGUCACAUCGGCGAUUGAGUUUGGUUAUUGGGAAUAUGGUAUUGCUCGAAUUCUGGAAUAUCAACGGCUAAAGGCAGCUUAUCAAGCUAAAUAAGUCUAAUAUCUGAACCUUCACAUACAUCGAAUCAGAACCAUAGUUAACUAGUCUAAACAUAAUUGACCUUGCUAUACCCGUCCGUUUUUGUCCGUGUUUAUACAAUUUUUUAACGGAAAUAUUUUCUAGUUGACUAUGGUUAUCACACUUCUUAAAUAGUUCAUAGAAAAUAUUAAAUAAUAUCGAACUAUUUAAAAAGACUAUCGGAAUUUGUAAUGAAUAAUUUGUUUUUUAUAAUUGAUAAUUACUGCUGUGAUAAUGGCGUCAGACAGGUUAUAGAAAAAAACAAUUACAAUAAUUUUACUUAUCUUUAAUUGUUCCAAUUGCGGAAGUGGUAAGAGAUUCGAUUCUCUACCAGCAGAUUCGAUUGAAAGUAUUACAGGCAGCACCCAUCACAUCCUUUAAUAAUGUAUUUAACGCAAUCUUAUUCCAUGAUUAAAUAGAUUAUGUUACCCAUUCACGUUAUAUAACUUUCGAAUUUAUGACUUUUUAAUUAAAAGUAUUUUUAGUUUAAUCAUUACUUUUGCAUCUAAGUAAUGUUUUGAAUUUUUCUUACCAGUUGCCACACCACAUUAUUUUUGUACAGUAAUGGUUUAGUUGUGUUUUAUAUAAAAAUUAUUUUUCAUUUAAUUCAUGAAGGACAUUUUAUGAUUUGAGUAAUUGUCUAUUGUGUGCCUUCUAUGUGCCUUACUAACUGUGCUAUUUAGUGAUUUUUUUUUUAUAUUUAAAAAGUGUUGAGCAUAUUUUUAAUAAAGAAGUAAAGGAUAC